CUAUCAACUUCGUACUUGCCUUUGCAUCUUCCCGCGCCAACUCCAUCCAGAGUCUGCCAUGCUGGGUGUCAGUCUGUGGAUGUUACGGCACUGACUAUAUUCCCUAGGGACUGAUAUGGUUGGCAAGAUCGGCCACAUUUGGAGUCUUGUUCCGUGCGGGAUAUCACCCGCCUACUAACCAUCAUGCCGUCCCCCCUCCCACCAAAGGCCACUACGAAGGUGUGCUUCGUGACUGUGGGUGCUACAGCUUCUUUUCAUCUUCUUCUUCAGUCGGUACUAUCAGAUCAGUGUCUGCUGUCUUUACAGAAACUAGGGUUUACCCACCUACUUUUGCAAUUUGGCAAGGACGGCCAGGCUCUUUGGGAUGAAUUUCAGAGCAGAUGCCCCCCUGACAGUGAAAGCCGACAUGGACUUGAGAUUGCCGGAUUUGACUUCAACCAGGCCGGACUAGACGAGGAGAUGGGCUUGACUCGAGCUGAUCCGUCUGAGGGUCGAGUCGGGGGACUAAUCAUCAGCCAUGCUGGAUCGGGAAGUAUUCUUGGAGCAUUACGGCUUGGUGUGCCGCUUGUUGUUGUACCGAACCCAACCCUGAAGGAUAAUCACCAGGAAGAACUGGCACGGGAACUGCAAGAGCAGGGAUAUGUUGUCGCCAGCAACUACUGGGAAAUUCCGAGUGCACUCGCUCAUGCAGAAAAGCUGCGAGCCCAGAUGCUGGCUUGGCCGCCUGUGUGUGGAGUAAGCCAGCGGCGCCAGCCAACGCUGGAGAGCGUGAUGUCUGACGAACUGGGCUUCUUAGAUUGAAGUCGCCUUUGGGUUUCUAUCACUAGCACCGGCCGCAUCCAGUCUGCUGGGCGCAUUGAUAGCGAUUCAACUGUAAGUUGUAUGGGAUGAAACUGCCACCAUGUGGUACGACUAUAAUUAUCGCGACUACGGAAGUCAUCUGGUAUCUGGCUACGAGUCUUCAAUCAAUAGGGGUCUGGAGACUGAAAAGCUAGGGAAGGUAAAACAAACGAUUUUGGGACUGGACUCGCCAGUGUCUUGGGCAAUCCGCCGUAUUGUGGCUUAACAAACGCUUAGAUAUAGGUUAUUGGCAAUGUAUCUGUAGGAGUAGCCGAUCCAUUUGGGAUGAUUGAAGGAAUCAAAC